UCAGGACAGACAAGUGCGUCUGAACUUUGUCAUGUUUUCUCUUAAACCAAUAAGACUGGCUUAUGAUUUCACUAGCUAUCGUUAUUCAUAUCAUAGUAUGCUUCCAACUAGUUCGAAGAAACAACGUACGUGGAUCACUUAUUCUUUACUGGUCCUUCCAGCUACUGCAUUCGCUUUAGGAUAUUGGCAGAUACAUAGAAGAAGGUGGAAAAUUGAUUUAAUUGCGAAAAUAAACGCGAGGAUUCCUGCUAAGCCCAUUCAAUUGCCUAAGAAGUUUGUUUUUUCUCUUUUAAAUGUAAUCACAUAUUUUCGCAAUUUUAGCGUUGACUCUAGCAUUCAACUUCCUGAGUUCACUCAUAUCUCAGUUCGAGGUUAUUUUGAUCAUUCGCGAGAAGUAGUAAUUGGACCACGCUCGUUAAUUGAAGAUUUUAUACCUUCUAAAGGCUAUGGGAGUGAAUGGGUGGUGAGAUCACCGACCAAGUUUACGCAGGCGAAUAUGGCUCGUCCAUCUGCUCCUGGUUAUUUUAUCGUCACACCAUUUUUCUUAGAAGAUAGACCUGGAACCUCCAUAUUAGUAAACCGUGGAUGGGUCCCAUAUGGUGCACGUGAUCCUACCAUUCGACCUAAUGGCCAGGUCAAGGGUGUCGUAGAACUGUCAGGUUAUAUACGGUAUCAAGAAAAGGCACCAAUUCGACUAUUUCGUUCAAAGAUUCAGCCUCUUACUUGUCUGGAUUAUGAAAAUCAAAAUCAACAUAUUCGUUAUCCUUGUCGACAAAUUGAUCAAAUGUCUAGUGAUUUGAAAACGUUACCGAUUUUCGUUGAUGCUGAUUAUGAGUCUACGACUGUCGGUGGGCCAAUCGGUGGACAAACUCGGGUUGUUUUUCGAAAUGAACAUGCAUCGUAUAUUUUCACUUGGUUCUCAUUGGGUACCAUCGGUCUCGGAAUGUGGAUAUACUUUUUCAUUUUUUAACUGGACAAAUAAAAGAAAGAACGAAUUAUUUUGUACAUACAAAUAUAGUUUAGAUACCCAGACAAGACAAUCCACACAUUUACCUUUCCUUUAUAGUUAUGGUUUUUUAAUUAGUUGUCUACAGCAUUAUCUCAGAGAGUAUAUAUGUAAGUAGGCUAACUAAAAGUGUCACACGUCCACAUACAUCCAACAGAACUCAAUAAGAACCUGAUCACAAUGAAAUCUUAAUUCUUAGUAUUUCUAGUAUUUCCCUAAUCAAUCUCCUGGUUUCAUCUUUUCCAAUGUAUUUAUUUAUUUAAACACAAAU